ACAGCUGAUCGUCCCCCGCGUCAGUAAUGCGCCGAGCGAUGACAAAUAAAACACGCGUUUCACCUUGUUGUGAGCUACCUGGACCCGUAGACCACAUCAGGAUCCACCAGACCGAGCCGACAUGCCCAAAUACUGCUGUGUCCCGAACUGCAGGACCGAGUCCGGGUCCGGAUCUGGGACCGGGACCAGGAAGAGCUUCUACAAGUUCCCCCUCCACGACCCGGACCGGCUGCAGCUGUGGCUGAGGAACAUGGGCCGCCAGAACUGGACCCCGUCUCGACACCAGUACAUCUGCCACAAACAUUUUGGACCGUCCAGCUUCAAGGUGCGAUGGGGGAUCCGGUACCUGGAGAACGACGCCGUGCCCACGCUUUUCCAGGAGGGAGAGAAACGAAAAGCGUCUGAACACGGUGAAAGAAAAGCCAAGCGGUUCCGGGCCGACGGGAACCAAAGCGUAACGGCGUCACAUGACCGGACGGCGGCGGCGCUCCACCUGUAUGAGGUCACCGUGGCCCCAUCGGAGCAGAACCCGACCGGACUCCUGGAGCCGAGUGAAGCAGCAGAGUGGGACGACUGUGUCCAGGCGUCAGGAGUGGGGUCAGCAGACGGACGCUGGAUGGAGGCGGAGCUCCCGUUGACUUUAUUCCAGACUGUGGAGGAUUUCAGUGACGGAGACGAGUACGAGGUGGUGCUGAUGUCUGAAGGACAGGAGGACCAGCUGGUGGACGGGAUCACCGCCGCCAUUUUAACGCAGGUCCACGGGUCCACGGCUGAAGAUGUCACCGCAGACGAGUUGGCCGCCGCCCACCCAGACGAGCGGCCCCGAGUCAUCGCCUACUUCGAGACCAUCCCCAACGUGUUACCGUGUGAAGCGCAGGUGGUCUUCUCCCCGGAGACGGUGGUGUCGUCUUCCCUGAGCUCCGAGCCCAUCACGUCCACGCUGCCCAUCGUGUCCAAACACGUCCCACCUUCACCCACGUCCCUCAAGAUGAAGGUGAAGAGAGUGGACGCAGAGGAGGAAGAGGAGGAGGAGGAGGAGGAGGAGGAAGAGGAGGAGGACAGUGGCUUUGAGUGUCCGGGUCGGCAGCUGGAGGAGCACUGCUACCACAGGAACAGUGUGAGUCGUCGUCAGCUGGAGGCCAUCGUGUCGGAGCUGCAGAAGAAGGUGAAGGUCCUGCAGCAGAGACACCGCCGGCACCUGGAGAAGCUCCUGGGCCUGGAGAACACGGUGAACCAGCUGAGACAGAGCAACCUGCUGAACCAGGAGAGACUGCAGCUGCUGCAGGGGGCCGACGCCCAGACCAGCCCAGCGGUGCCCGACGUCGCCCAGACCGUGGACGUCUACUCCGAAGAAGAGGACGACGACACGUAUCUGUGCACUUCAGAGGAGAGAUGAGACCUAAACAUCUGUGUGUGUGUGAGAGUGUGUGUGUGUGUGUGUGUGUGUGUGUGUGAGAGUGUGUGUGUGUGUGUGUGAUUCCUGCUUCUGUGGUUCUGUCAGAGGUGAAUUAAACUCUGACCCUGGUGUCGUCUGAUCUACUGUGAGUUUUGCACUAAUAUGGACGAUCAUUUGGGCCGAUGUUGAAUGUAUUUUUCCAGUUUGUAAAACUUCCUCCGUGACUGAAUGUUCUCCAGAUCUUCUCUGAAUGUGUGUUUGGUGUCGUUUUUCUGUCUGCGACACGAGAACCAAACAUGAACCGACCAGUGACAUGAUUGAACCACUGAGCCUGUUUACAUGAUUAGAAAAACCUGAUAACUGUAUUCAUCAGAUCUGACGCCUUUACAUGUAUUUAAAUGGGUCAUCUUUAUCUAAACCCACUUUUAUUAGUCUGUGGUUCAUUUAUUUGUGUAUUUGGACCCUAAUAGUUCAUACAGUUUGAAUUUGAACCCUCCAGGUGCUG